UCCAACCUUGUUGUUCGCUUCUCUGUUCUCUUCCCUUCCCUUCUUCUUCUGCUUCUUCUUCGUCGUCUUCGUACACUUAACACAAGACGAAUCUCGAAGCGUAGUCCAGUCCUCCGAACCCGAAAACAGACUUCCACAACUCUGCCAUUGGAAAAAGGCAUAUGGCAAAUUCGCAGGAUCCAUCGUUGAAAAAUCCAACUGUGUGUCCUCCUCCGGUGACCGCUCCACCAGAUGACAUCGAGAACCAGGAGACGCCAAUGUUCGGAGUGUCGUCCAUCAUCCGGCGGUGGAGGAGAGAGGAUUUACUGAAUAAGGGCUCUACCAUCCUCAGGACUUUGGGCCUGCUCUUCUCCUUGCUUUCUUUUAUUGUCAUGGGCAGUAACAAGCACGGCGAUUGGAUGCAUUUCGAUAGAUUCGAAGAAUACAGGUAUUGCCUGGCCAUAUCAAUUCUAUCCACUCUAUACACGGCAGCCCAAGUUCUACGCCAAAUCCACCAGUUUUGGACCGGAAAAAACAUAAUUUCGCAGCGAAUAUCAAGAUUUGUGGAUUUCUUUGGCGAUCAGGUUACUUCUUACCUGUUGAUUUCAUCAGCAUCAGCAGCUAUUCCAUUAACAAACCAAAUGAGGGAGGGGUCAGAUAACAUUUUCACAGACUCAUCUGCAGCUUCUAUUAGCAUGUCUUUCUUGGCAUUCGUAGCUCUGGCAUUGUCUGCCACAAUAUCUGGAUAUAAGCUCUCAAAUCAAAAUAACAUAUAUGCUUACUGAUUUUUUUUUCUGCUACAAAUGGAUACAUGAGCUGACUUUGUACAAACGGUUCCAUUGUUCAGCCAAGCCAACACAAAGUUGGUGUGUUUGUCUCUGUUGUAAGUCGAUUCACAAAAUGAUUCCCCACAAUUUACCUCA